UAUAAAUACUGGACCACUGAUCCUUCACUAAUCAUACGAGAAUCGGACACGAUGUCGAACAAGAUUGCAAUCCUCCUGGCUCUUCUGGUAGCGGUAGUUGCUUGCGUCGAGGGACAAGCCUCGCAGCGGCCUCGCUUCGUACGACCACUACCCCGCUUCCUGCCAAGACCGCAGUAUGGCGUUGGACAUCGCAUCGUCGGUGGAUUCGAGAUCGACGUGUCGGAGACUCCGUAUCAAGUGUCACUGCAAUACUUCAGACAACAUCGCUGCGGUGGCUCCGUGCUGAACAACAAGUGGGUCCUGACGGCAGCUCACUGCACAUUUGGUCUAUCGGCCAGCAGCCUCGCUGUUCGCGUAGGAUCUUCGAAACACGCGACCGGUGGUACCGUUGUCCGUGUGGCACGAAUUGUGGAGCACCCGAACUACGACCAGGACACGGUUGACCACGACUACUCGCUGCUGGAACUGGAAAGCGAACUUACCUUCAGCGAUGUCGUUCAGCCGGUUGCCCUUCCCGAACAGGAUGAGAAGGUUGAGGAUGGAACGAUGGCGACGGUGUCUGGAUGGGGAAAUACGCAAAGUGCCACCGAAUCGAACGCUGUGCUGCGGGCUGCUAACGUGCCGACUGUAAAUCAGGCUGAGUGUGACAAGGCCUACAGUACAUUCGAAGGAAUUACCGACCAAAUGCUGUGCGCCGGAUACCAGCAGGGAGGAAAGGACGCUUGCCAGGGAGACUCUGGUGGUCCGCUCGUUGCUGACGGAAAGCUGGUGGGUGUGGUUUCGUGGGGAUUCGGAUGCGCUAAGGCUGGAUAUCCGGGUGUGUACUCGCGUGUGGCCAGUGUUCGCGACUGGGUUCGUGAGAACAGUGGAGUUUAAAAUGCGCCCCAAGCGUUAGUCGGCAGUCGACACUAAUUUAUGAACAACGAAAAAGUAUAAAUAAAUA